CGCAGCAGCACCCUCUGCGCUGGGUCCCGUGCCAAUGUCCCAGGUGAGCGUCCAGCGGCCCCCUCUAUGCGAAGCGCCCCAUGGAGCCUCCAGCGUGGUCCCCGGCCCAGAGGACCAGAGCUCUGGAGAUGUGAGGGUCCAGGACACAUUGGUGAGGUCGUCUGCCCAGAGAAGUCGGGAUGUAGUCAUGGUAGCAUCUGUGACUUGGUGUCUGGAAGCCCAGACUCCAGCCAUCUUGCCUGGGCUGGACACCAUGACAGAAUCCACUCACCCUGCAGAGGCAACACCAGAGGAGAGCUUCCUGGAAGAGGUGGCACCUCCUAUGCCCCAAGACAAUGACCCUGGGGUCCCCCAGGGCCCAGACACCACUGACCUCAGUAUCCCCAUAGAAGCUGUGACACGCCAGCCUCAGGGGAACCCCUUGAGCUGCACCCCUCUACUGGCGAAUGGUUCUGGCCAACCCCUGGAGCUGAGUGAUGCCAAAUGGGCGGGGAAUGGUGCUUUGGGGGGUCCCAAGGCACACCGGAAGCUGCAGACACACCCAUCUCUCGCCAGCCAGGGCAGCAAGAAGAGCAAAGGCAGCACAAAGUCGGCUGCCUCCCAGAUCCCUCUCCAGGCACAGGAAGACUGCUGCGUCCACUGCAUCCUGUCCUGCCUGUUCUGCGAGUUCCUGACGCUGUGCAACAUCGUGCUAGACUGCGCCACGUGCGGCUCCUGCAGCUCUGAGGACUCGUGCCUCUGCUGCUGCUGCUGUGGCUCUGGUGAGUGCAGCGACUGUGACCUGCCCUGCGACCUGGACUGUGGCAUCCUAGAUGCCUGCUGUGAGUCUGCCGACUGCCUGGAGAUCUGCAUGGAGUGCUGCGGCCUUUGCUUCUCCUCCUGACCCACUGGCCUGGCCCCGGGCCCCGGGGCAGAGCUGUAUCCCCUGUCCCAGCCCCCUGGGCCUCUCCCCCACUCUACUUUUUCACAACCUGGACCAGUGGGGGUGGGGGUCCUGGAAGCUAAGCUCACCAUCUAUGCUCACUGGUUCCCUGGGACAUACAGCCUGGGUACCCUAGUGGGAAGGUUCCAGCGCCUCAGAACACUGUGAAAGUUAGGGGAGGGCAGAGGCAAAGGGGAGACAGGCCCACUGGGCUGAGCGUGCUGGCCUCCUUGCCUUCUGUCCCCCAACCCCCCAGGCUUAGAAGACAGCCAAAUGUGAAUAGAAACACCCCACCCCCAGCCAAGCCCGUCCUCAGCCUCCUUUUCCUGGCCUCUUGGGAUGGCUGGGGGCUGACCCUUACAAUGACCUGAGAGAUGGGGGCCCAAUGAAGCAUGGGCCUGGGGCAGGAUGGGACAGGGAACAGUAUGGAAAAGACUGGAAGGGAAGAGGGAGGGAGAAGAGGGAGGGUAUGUGCUGUUUAUUGCUGUAAAUAAAAAUGUGUCCGUCUCUGA